UGCCGGCUACAGUUCCACAAUCGCGCGCGCGCACACGCGCACGCGCACACACGCACGCGCACACACACGCGCGCGCGUAAUUGCAUAAGUCUUCACGCACAUACGGCGCGAAAGAAGAUCAACAUUUUAAAGAAGAUCAACAUAAUAUUUCUUCACAUACACACACAUAUAUACCGACUCACACACACACUCCCAGCACACCUGUAUAAAAAAAACAAAUCACAGACAGGUAUAUUCAUAAUCACACACAGGUAUCUACAUAAUAUCCCACACACACACAAGGUGCCUGCAUAAUCACACACACACACUUGGCACGCCCCCUACGUGGACUUACACACAACGCACGCAGCUAACCGGCAUAAUCUAACGCACACGACCACCUACGUAAACACUCACACGGGGGAGCCGCAUCAAACAACCCAGGGGCGAUAGCUGCCUAGUCGCACACGCACACGCGCACACGGCAGCCGCACUCAACCGCGCGCAUGAACGCUCACGCCAACACAACCAUGGACAGCGGCAGCAGGAGCUGCUCCAAGUACGCCCUCGCUAACGGCUUCUCAGCAGCGGCGCAGGAGGAAGGGGAUGAGGAAGACGGCGUGAGAAGCGUCGAGGGCACUCUGCCUACUCCUCCUGCUCCUCCUCCACUCGUGCUCCCUGCGAGUCACUCGGAGCGCACGAACGGGCUGCAGGUGGUGCCCGCUCCGGCGCGCGUCGCGCACGCAGCCCCAGCGGUCCCAGCGGCGGCGUUGGGGCAGCUGGAGGCCGCCUACACGGGCAUCCUGCGGGGCAUCGGGGAGGACCCGGGCAGAGAGGGGCUGCUCAAGACGCCCGGCAGGGCAGCCAAAGCCAUGCAGUUCUUCACCAGGGGUUACCACGAGAGGCUCGCGGACAUCCUGAACGACGCGAUCUUCAAUGAGGACCACGACGAGAUGGUGAUCGUCAAGGACAUUGACAUGUUCUCCAUGUGUGAGCAUCACAUGGUGCCCUUUGUUGGCAAGGUGCACAUUGGAUACCUGCCCAACAAAAAGGUGGUGGGACUCAGCAAGCUGGCCAGGAUCGUUGAAAUGUUCAGCAGGAGGCUCCAAGUACAAGAGCGGCUGACCAAGCAAAUUGCUGUGGCCGUGACGGAGGCACUGCAGCCUGCAGGUGUCGGCGUGGUCAUCGAAGCCACCCACAUGUGCAUGCUGAUGCGCGGCGUGCAGAAGAUGAACAGCAAAACGCUGACGAGCACCAUGUUGGGUGUCUUCCGGGAGGAUCCCAAGACCCGAGAAGAGUUCCUGUCGCUCAUCCGACACUGAGUGAGCAAAGCGAGUUCGUGGGCACGCCGCUGGCCUGCGGACCGCAACAAUUGCGGAGCACGCGACCACCGGUGAUAGCAGCAACAACAACAACUCUUCCUUCCCAGACCCCCCUGAGAGCCUUCAACAAUCAACCCCAUCCUGGGUAGCUGCUGCCACUGCACAAGCUUGUGCCGCUACAUCUACACCUGUAGGGUUAUCGUGCGGUGACAGACUGGAGCAUUCUUUGUUAAGGACAAAGUUGUACCAUUGGAACCUCAUUUGCCAGUAAAAAUAUGAUAAUUGUUUGUUUACCCUUCUAUCUGGCAACAAAACAGGGUAAAAAAACUAUUAUCAUACUCUGAUGGUGCAUUGUCUUUGAGUUGUGCGCCUUUUGGCGUCAUCUGGUCCAACCCAUGUGAGACUAGGCUCUAAGGAAAGCUGUCUCGGGUGUGGACCAAUCAACUUCAAGGACAGUGCACAUUAUCAGAGUUAUGUUUGUUGUUUGCAUUAUGACUGCAGGUAUUGUGGUCUAUGUAAACAUGACUCCUUGUAAAAACAAGGUGUCAGUUUUGUUGCCAGAUAGAAGGGUAAAAAACCAAUUUUGACAAAGUUGUAAUUCAUGGAAACAAAAUCUGAAAUUCUUGUAGGUUGCUAGAACAAGGGGGAUGGGUGGUACGUUGUUUUUACCAACCCAUGAAUCAGGCCUCUGGAGAUUCACAAAGGUAGCUAUAAUUGGAAAUGGAAUAAACAAAUAUAAGUGAGCAGAGCCUCAGCCAUAUUUGCAAUGUAGUCAAAUGUCAGUCAAAGGGAUUGUAAUGUUGUGAUAAUAUCCGAGACAAGAAAACUCAGGUCGAGAAAAUGUGAUACCACAAGCAUCUAAAUCCAAAAUGUACAGAUAUCUACUAAAAUAUAUUUCAUAUGUUCUUGACGCAUAUUUACUCCAAAUACAAUUGAAUCAUAUCCUGAGAUUAAGUGCAAUUGGAGCAAAAAGAAAACUUGUAAAAAAAUAUGUAUAUUCAUGCAUAGCUCUUAUAAUUUAAUGUGUAUGGUCUAAACUGUGUUUUUCAACAAAGCUAACGUUUGUUUGGUGCUCAGAGCUUCACGCAUCUUUGAUCACUCACUGGUUUCUCGCUAAGAAAAUUACGCUACUGGAAGCCAUUUUCUUCCCAUGAAUUCAAACCUUUGGUUUGGCAACAUGGCCGACGGACGUGGCAACACAAUGAGUGGAUGGCAACAGAGUCCAAAUAUAAAUUGUGUCAUGAACACAGACAGUGGGGCAGUGUUUAUCCAAUCCUCCUGGCCUUGCUGCAUUGGCUAGUAAAUUAUGUGCAAACAAGAAACACUAGCUGCUGCUGCUGCCGCCCAGAAUUCAUACCCAUUUUUAUGAUCGCUUUUGUGCAUUUAAUUGUGAAAACCUUUUAAGGUCAAUACUCGCCACUGGUUUAUAAAUGGGUGGAGUAGAUGGGUGGUGUUUGGCAAGUUCUUUGUUAUCCAAGCGUGACCUUUUAUUAUACUGCUAUUAUAAAACCCAGCCAGUCAUCAAUGGCGCAAGCAGCGUUCUCCACUCCGGGUUAAUGCUGACAUCUUGAGGAUAAGCCCCAAGUCUUAUUACAAAAAUGUCAGUGACGAAAGUUGACGCAGUUUAUAAGAUAUCGUACGAUGUACAUGAUGCUGAACUUAACGGCUGUUUUAAUAUCAGGGUUAUACUUACGGUACGUAAAAUAAAAAUACACAAAAGUCCUCUGUGAUUAUAUGGAGGACACAUUUGGGUAUCAUUCGAGUUUUCAUGCUGUUUACAAUAAAAGCAUGUUUUAUUCACGAUUACUUAUCCACAACAUCGUGGGUAUCAUGAAGAUACAAUAAUUGUCUGGGAGACAUAUCACCGAGUGUGAUAUGAUGGACUCAACCCUUCUUGUUCACUCACAACAUUCAUAAUUAUCACUAUUACAAUUGUAAGGUCUUCUCAUUAUCUGUUGUCAUAACACAUUGUUUUAAGUAUUAUUUGUAUUUACCACACGUUUUCAGUUUGUGGGAAAAGCAUAUAUGUGGAUUAACUUUCUUUUGCUUUAUGGUGACGGCUUAUGAGAUGGCUGCAUAGAAGAGGAAUUUUAUUUUGCAGUACUGAUUUUAUUACGUAAUUUAUAGAACCUGAGAGAUUACACAGGCAGCAGACUUCAGUGAAGAUGCAACAUACGCCUCUAUGUCACUGCCUGGGUGAUAUAUCAUUUGAGUGUGAUGCAAUAGGCUAUGGGAUGCUACUUGAAUAUCAGCCUGGUAUCUCGUAUACCAUUGAAAGCUACUACUAAUGUCGAUGGGAAACUGGGGAUGGGUCCCAAUGUGUCAAGCACAGGUUUCUAAGCUACGAUUAAAAUAAAAUCGCAGCAGAAAAAGAUGUCCACUUGUUCACGCAGAGAUAUCUCAAUAUAUGUGUGCAUCACAGUCAAAUACCUAGUUUCCACGUGAUAGAUUAAAGCAAGCUGGCCUGACUUGGCAAUAUUACUCAAGUUAUCUUGUGAGUUGGGUCUUUCCCAGAAAUACCGCUGGGUAACAGGUCAAACCGCAUUGCGGCCAAAAUAAAAUGUAACUUUUAAAUGAACGUAUUGCCUCUUCACCUGAAUUCUGAUGGAGGGAAUUCAGCCCCUUCCGUGAAAAGAAAGCGGCCAGGAAAAUUGAGGCUGCAGCGAGAAUUAGGAAUAAAAACGACUGAUUGAUCCAGGAAACCCACACCGAGUCCAUUUACUAUUUUUCAGGAGGGUCCUGCUUUGGGUUUUAAAUUUUUUUUGCAUGUUUUCAGCCGAUUUUACAAAUGUGUGUACGUAUGCGAGGAAUCAGGAGAACCCGGAGAAAAAAACGCAUGCGGGGGGGGGGGGGCAACACUCCCAUGCAAUUAGGACAGACGAUAUAAGACAGGCGAUAUUCGUCUGUACCUUGUGGUACUGCAUUCCCCCUUGCACGCCAGGGUACGUCACCCGAACACCCAACUCGUGCUGGGUAACGCGGAAGUUCGAAUUCGAUUUCGAGUUUUCAUGGCUCGCGGAAAACUGGGUAAAGGGGUCUCCCUCAAGUGAAUAAAAGCGCGGUUGCUCAUCUCCGUUAGCUGCCAUAAGCCUGUGGCUAAAACUCCACAUUCCCAUGGCGGGGAUGAGUCUAACUGUUGGGUCAACCGUUGUUAUGCAGUGGUGCGCGUAUAUAAACAUACACGCACCACUGCAUAACUGCACACACCAUGCAUGUACGUUUACAAAUGCAGUUGUUUAUGUAUGUACAUCAUAUUUUACUGAUGAGUUUAUAUUUAUAUUUUUAUACACAUUGCAUAUUUUGUACAUACUAUACGUACACAUUUCCCGAACACUGCAGCAAACAACAAUUGUAGAGCCCACAGAAGAGACAUUACUCUCACCAACUCAUGACCAUGCUUAUGGAAAUGCCAUAUGCUCCCUUCGUGCCUCCUGUACUGUAUCUGUAGUUUAGCGGUUUCGAUUGAUUCAGGGGUUUCUGCCAAAGUUGCCCAACCAUUUGUUAAAAAAAAACAUUUUGGCAAUUGAUGAAAUUACUCAAAUGGGACCUAUGCACAGCAAUCGUCGGCCCUCCUAUUUGCAUAACUUUGAUGUCCCAAAGUCACUCUUGCAAAUGAUACGUUGCUCGUGUCUUGAGGUCUCACCUGGUUUUAAUAAAAUUAAUUUCAACCACAAUCCUUCGUGUAAAAUGUAGCGCUCACACUUGGGGUUGUCCAUGUUUUGUGAUAUUUAAUGGUGCUGCGUAUAAUACUUCCGCGUGUGUGUUGUGCCAGAGUGAAAUGGGAGGAGUACAUAUUGGGGUUUAGGGUAUGAAUGUAACCCAAAAUGGAAAUAUAACUGAAAUUUGUAUUGGGAAAUCGUGAAUUCAAAUCUACAAUGAGAAACCGAUCACAACAAAAGAACGAGUGCAGGAUGGCAAACAAAUAGAUUUUACAACACACAAACAUUUGAACUGCAUAUAAAAAAAAAAAACUCUCUACCUUUUUCUAAACCACUAGUUCAGAAGAACUGUUUGGUGGAAUUUUUGGUCCUAGGCCAUCAACUUGAUACAUUGAGAGAAAACAUGAGACAAACCAGUCCCACACUCAAUUUAUUUCAGUUGGUUCAAGAAAAAAAUAAUCACAAUGCAGUUUUUUUGAACUGGUGGUUUUGCAUAAGUCUUUGUAUAAAGCUUUUGUACAUCUGUGUGUGUGUUGUUAAAUCUUCAUAGGACAACAGUGUAGAAUUGUGAAACGUAACAAUUCAGUGAAUUGCUUUCCAAAACGCAAGUAUUUUAAUUUGUAUGUAAAUAUAUAUUCGGUGUUGUAAUUGUAUAAGUUUACAUUUCGAAGCAUUUGUACAUGUGUAUAUUAAAUAUAUGUCUAUUAUACUGUAUGUAAAGUGGUUUACAUUUAGGAAAUAGCAUCAAGUUUUGCCUUGCAUUUGACUUAUUUGAUUUAAGGCAAACGUACAGAAAUGGAUGUUUAACAUUGUUUUUAAAUGUAUUGCUACAGGUAAUUUCUAUUACACGACAAGCGAGGAUCCUGUCGUGGUCUCGAUAUCCAGUUGCUUUGCAUCAACAGACUUCAACUUGUGAUGUGCGCAUCUUCAAUGCAACCCGGUUUCAAAAUUCCGCGCAACAUAUGAUGACCAAAGGAAGUUCCUGCAGCACAAAGUGAAACAUGCAUCCUGUGCAGAAUACCUUAUGGCAGUAAAGCAAGCCGCUUGCUCAGUCAUGGAAUAACCCAGAUAUAACACAAUGGGCUAUCACUUUUUUUUUAUUUAGAAUACAUCCUACAGAACCAUCAGAACUGCACUUGCUUCAGUUGCACAAAUGAGACUGUCCACAUAUAUUGUUUGAGCUUGCCUUGGACGAAUUCGUUGCAAAAGUGAACUUUUUCUGAUAUAACCUGAUAAAUCGUGUAAGCUCCGAUUAGCAAGAUUGGCAAAGUACGGUGGGAAAUAAGUUCAGCAUCCAUGCUGGUUAUCAUGAGAAACUGGGAUAUAAACCCAUCAUUUCAGCAGUCAGCGAUUUUACUCCAGACAUCGAAAGAGUAUAGAGUCCCACAUGUCGCCCCAGCCAACUGUCCUCUCUCAAUUUGGCGUCAGCCUCAGUCGUAACGCGAGAAAGUGAUCACAACAAAAGUUGGUGCAGCGGACUCAUGGCAAAGCCCUCUCAAUAUAAAGGGACAACAGGGCCUUCUGGUCUUAAAUCCAGUCGGUACUGUUAUGAUCAAAUGCUGUUCGUCAACGUUAACUGGAGUUCAUGCUUAAACGCACCAAGGACAAGUUAGACCAUUACCAGCUUCCUCAGCCAGGCGUAGAAACAUCAGAAUUACUCUCACGAUUUGCUCAUGUCUUACACGAUCGAGAGGGGAGAAUGACAACUACAGUUCUUGCUGUGCAGAUGUACGAGCACAUUUGUCAGCGGAUGGGUUGGCGAGGGAAUUAUUGCGUAACGAAUGAAAGUCCUGGCCAGGGGAAGAUAUUCUGCCCUACGACACCGUGCACGUGUACGAAGAGACACAACGGUCACAGAAUCUAUAUAUAUAAAAUCGUGCAUGUCUGUCUGUCCGUCUGUGUGUGUGUGUGUGGAUUUCGGACCAUACGCACUUUCAUUGGACGGCGGUUGCCCCUGGCAACAGAUAGCGACGCGUUCGCCGCUUUCAUUGAACCUGGCAACGGCUAGCCACGCCUUCGCCAAGGGCUGCAGUUUCAUUGGACGGCGGUUGCCCCUGCCAACGGCUAGCCACGCCUUCGCCACUUUCAUAGGCUCCGUAAAUAAUUAAAUAAUAGCCAUUACACAGUGUUGUUGGAGCGCUGAGGGGGGGGGAAAGCACGCCACCCGUACCCUGCCUCUGCCGGGUGGACAAUUUAGGCGAGGCCGCAGGCUCUGCACGCUACUAGGCCUCGACACCCACCACGCCACUCUGAGGUAAAUUCAUCAAAGUUUAUCCUACUCUUCACUCCACCCCCACCACAAUGUGUGCAAUUAAUAUUACUUUUAAACCCAACGCGCCAACAAUCGAUUACUUAAAUGUUCACUGUACAAAUAGUCAUUAAGCUGGGUCAGCGUACUGCCAGUCUAUCAUGUAGACUGUAGCCUGAUUAUUAAGCUCGGUGAGCGUACUGCCACUCUAUCAUGUACACUCUAGCCUGCUUAUGAAGCUGACUGCGUGUACUGGCAGUCUAUAAUGUGGACUGUAGCCUGGUUAUUAUAAUCGAUUCUUUAUAUGUUCUUUGUACAAAUAGUCAUUAAGCUGGUUGAGCGACCCCAGUUCGAUUCCAACUCACGCCCACCACCGCUGACGAUUAUUUGAAACGGACCUGGCCCUCCCCUAGGUCCACUCAGCCUCAAACGCGUAACUGCUGUCGUGUGUGAACAUCGUCACUGGGGAGACAAAGGCGGCCGGGCAUCGUGGAUCCAAGUCCCGGGCGAAGCCGGGUCUUUUGUGUAUGUGUGUAUAUGUUUAUGUGUAUCUCUGUGUGUCUGUAUGUAUGUGUGUAUGUAUGUGUAUGUGUUUGUGUGUGUGUGUAUGUAUGUGGGUUUUUUUCUGUCUUUAUGUGUAUGUCUGCGUGUCUAUAUGUAUGUGUGUAUGUACGUGUAUGCAUGUGCUUGGGUGUAUGUAUGUGUGUCUAUGUAUGUGUGUGUAUGUAUUUCUGUGUAUGUAUGUGUGUGUAUGUAUGUGUGUUAUGUGUCUGUCUGUGUGUCUGCAUGUAUGUGUGUGUGUAUUGUGUAUGUGUUUGUAUGAGUUUGUGUCUUUACGCUCGCAUUACACAAAUGUGUUGCAGGUCUAAGGCGUUCCUUGCGCAGCUUUGCCGCUUUAUUAUUUCAGUCGUUUACUGCCGUACGCACCAUGAAAGUCGUGUGUGUCUGCGGCAAGCGCGUGUAUGUGUACCUAUGGACGCGCGCGCGUGUGUUGUGUAGGGGGAACGGUAGUGUAGUGCUUAGCGUGCUGCCUGUGUCUGUGUGUGUGUGUCUGUGUGUGUGUGUCUGUGUGUGUGUCUGUGUGUGUGCGUGUGUGGUGUGUGGGGAGCGGUAGUGUAGUGGUUAGCGUGCUGUCUGUGUGUGUGUGUGUCUCUGUCUGUGUGUGUCUGCGUGUGUCUGUGUGUCUGUGUGUGUGUCUGUGCGUGUGUGGUGUGUGAGGAGCGGUGGGUGUAGUGCUUAACGCUACGCUGCGCUACCAACCCGGCGAACCCAGUUCCAUUCCCGCUCACGGCCACCACCGGUGACGAUUAUUUGAACCUCCCCUAGGUCGACUCUGCCUCAAACGAGUAACUGCUGUAGCGUAUUAACAUCGCCACUGGGGAGACAAAGGCGGCCGGCCGUGGUGGAUACAAGUCCCGGGCGAAGCCGGGUAGUACAGCUAGUUAACUAUAAAGUGACGGCGUCUCUCUGAUUGAAUGAGCAAGGCGGUGGCUCGUCUCUGUUGGUAGCCCUGAACCAAGUGGGAAAUGCUGUUCUGUUUUGAUGGAGUGUAACAGUUGAACCACUGUGUGCGUCCCGAGGCUUCAACGGAGCAGUGUAGUUGGACUUAAGAGCCUCAGUGGAUGAUCUGUGUUGUAACCCGGUUAGUACCGACUCCAGUUCUUGCAACACUCAGUGUCCUCGGGUCUUAUAGUGAAGGUAUGUGCAAUUUGCAUUGUGCAAUUACCACAUGAUAUGUCGGCACAAUUCAAGUGGCCGGUAGCUAAAAGAUGUAUCUGAAUAAGUACACUAUUUCUACAUGUUUGCUUUGAUACUUUAAGUAAAACAAAUCCAAUGCCGUAAGGGAGGUGUGGAUAAAAGUAAAAACCUGGAGCCGAGCAUCGCGUAUAGUUAAGCAAAUAGUCAACAUUACGUAUGAAAUAGCUUGAUAGAGGGUAUUAUCCACGGGCCAGGUACAACACCUGAAACCCAGGGAGUCUGCAACCAAAACAACAAGAAGCAUGUUGUUUGAAUUUGGUAAAGAAAAAAACCCUCAAUAUUACAAAAGCUGCAGUGCGUGUGAAUUCGAGACGGCGGUCCUUAAAAAGAGCCGCAUGCGUACGUUGAACUUCUUUCGCACCGUACGUAGCCAACCAUGCUUAUCGGAGAUGCGGCCCCGACUCCUGCCUUGAAAGCCCCCCCCCACCCCCUAUGCUAACACGCGCUUGUGUGGUUAUCACGCAACAGACGAGAGCUCACAUCAGGAGCAAACAGCUGACGGGGGCUGAUGUUGUGGUCACAAUGUUGCUCGGCAGGUCGGGCACACGACGCAGCGUUGUUCUCUGGAUGUUGACGACCGUGCACUCGUCACAGAUGUGCUGCAACAUCAUUCGUGCUUUGCACAUUUUUUGUGUUCAGUUUGUUGGCCUUUCCCUCGCACCUCCGAUGAGCACGGUUGGCUAGGUACGGUGCGAAAGAAGUUCAACACACGUGCGCUACAUUUACUUUUCCCAUGUUGUACGCUUGUACCGUGGCGACGGCUCCGUGUAGUUGUUUCAUGUCAAGAAAUAUACAAUGUUGCGGGGCAGAUAUUUCAUUCCCGAUUUGGUGUCUGAAACUGCUAAACGCCAGUGGCCUUACCUUUUACAGCUAUACGUCGUCGGAAGAGUCUGCAUUUAAUAGCUUUGCGAAUAAAUGUUUGAACGUGGAACAUU